AUGUCGCAGGUUGUAUAUAUCACACUUGAAGAACGAUCCACACCCAAUCCUACAGACGGUAUCCCUAAGACACAGUCCAAUUGGAUUCAUCCGAACUUAAUUGAAAGCGUCGACCCGGUCAAAGGCCGCCAGUUACGGGCUUCGGAACACAUCCCGAAAGGCACCUGCGUCCUCGUCGACCACCCAUAUGCAAUUAUUUCCGUUGUGGAUGAUCCAGCGACAAACGACGACCUUAUUUGCAGCAAUCCUGCUUGUAAUCGUCGGUCUCCGCGUCACCCGGGCCGAUUCUCGUGCUCCAAUUCUUGCAUUGCGGAUGUGACCUGGUGCAGCACCACUUGCAGAGAUGCCGACAAGGCCCGCCAUGAUUUUGAAUGUACAUGGCUCAAACGCUAUGCUGAUCCCAUACGAACGAAACGGGGCGAGUACGAUUUUGGCAUGUUAUGGAUGAUUGUUCGACUACUUGCUUCUCGGCAUACGGAGCCGGAGCCGCAAGAAUAUAAUGUCGCAACGACGUCGCAGCGAUGCAAACGUGGCUGGGCUGGUAUUGAGUCACUUUGCGGAUCUGUCGAUACAUGGCCUCAUCAGCAUGUCCGAUUAUGGACAACGUUGGUGAAGAAAUAUCUCCAGAAUAGCCCCGUUCUGCCUCAUGGAUUAAGUGCAGACAGCGUGUUGCAUCUGAUCUGCCAGGAAGAGGCCAAUUCCUUCGGUCUCUACCCAAGGGAAACGGGCAUUUUCCCACCUCCACAGCCCCCUGUCGACCGAGGAGAGCAAUUCGCUGCCGCGGUAUAUCCAACCGCUGCAAUGGCAAAUCACUCGUGUAUACCAAAUAUGAUACACAAGCCCGAUGAAGAUGGCCGCAUGAUCUUUACAGCUUCUCGCGACAUUCUUGCAGGCCAAGAAUGCUGCAUUUCUUACUUCGACCUUACUAAGUUCACCAACUUAGCAUCGCGCCGUGAGCAUCUGCGUAAAUCUUUCAAAUUUACUUGUCAAUGCGAUCGAUGCAUAUCCGAGGAGCCUGCGGAAGAGACAAACGACUGGGACUCAAUGCCAUUGAUGGACAUAUAA